CGUUCUACAUCCGCCGGUGAAAUUUUUAGUCGCGGUUCGCGUGGUGGUGGAGGCUAUCGUUAAGUGAUCAAGUGAUCGUGGUUGAUUCCCCGCGGUACAAUGUGGUUUCGGAUAUUGUCCGGAAGCCUGUUGGCUGUGCUGUGCCUAGCCGAUGUCAAACCCUGUGAAUACAUGGACAGAAUCUAUCGAAUCAACGGAAACUCGAUCGACUUUCCGUGUGAAUCGACGAAGAACAUUUUUGUGUCUACCGAACGGUACAAACCGUGCAGUAUCAUACCGAUGCGGUUUCAAAUCGACGGAGACAACGAAAGGUGUUUUGUGGUGAUGACCCGACUGCGUACCGGCAAUCCAGUGACGCUGGGAGUGAUCGAUCUGACGCGUCCGAGCUGCUAUGCGCAUAUCAAACCUUAUCCGUGCUGGUCGUACCAAGAGGAGGGCAAUUGCAAUGCCUUCCAGUCGGUGGUGGAUAUAUUCGUGGAUGUGAAGAAAAAGAUGUGGGUCCUGGACUCAGGUAUUUGCAACUCUUUGGAACAACCGAUCAAGCGAUGCACGGCAAAGGUGGUGGCAUUUGACCUGGAAACCGACAAAACCGUCAAAACCGUUGAUUUGAGUGACAUUCUGAAGCCAAACUCCAGGCCACAGUACCUCGUGACGGACUAUUCGCCCAACGGAUUCCCGUACGUUUAUAUCAGCGACGCAGAGGGAGCUAUCAUCGUACUGGACAUCCAUCAUAAUAAGAUGUACCGAGUAGUGCUACCACGUGCCAUAUCCGCCGGAUGCGGCGAAUCGGAUGUCCUAUAUCUGCUGCUCGUUCGUAGACCCAAGAAUCACAAUUUGGUCAUAUUCUCGUAUCUGUGUGGAAACAAGGUGUACGGAAUCAAAUCGGAAUACCUGCGCACGGGACGGGGUUCCAGUGCCAUUGUGGAACUUGGCAGUAAGACUAGGCAUUCCGUUCUGCUUGGCACAGACGGAAGCAACAGUGUCAUCCUGCGAUAUCGAAGCGAAAGCGAACUCUACAAGUGGAACACCGAUCAACCAUAUAAGGAGUGCAACUUUGAGCUGGUGCAACUUGCAGAGGAGUGUCGAUUGAGCACGCAUGUUGCACCCGGAGGAAAAGACGAUCUGAUGUACUCAUUGUCAUCGAAUGUGGCCGAUUAUCUGAAUCACACUUGCGGCGCAGGAGGUGCUUCUGCUCGACUGAAAUAUAUUAGUAAAGAUUGUGAAGAUGAUUGUUACUAAGUUAGUAUGUAAUAUGUGAUUAA